UUUCACAAGUCAGGAAAAAAUAUAAAUUCGCCGAAUGGUAACACUAAAAAGAAAAUUCGCUUACAAUUUUUGAGAAAAACGCAACUAAAGGGCUGCAAAGAUGCUGUCCAUGUUGCAGGAGAAGCGUCCGCUGAAGCGCACCCGUCUGGGUCCGCCGGAUAUUUAUCCGCAGGACGCGAAACAGCGGGAGGACGAGUUGACGCCCACGAAUGUGAAGCACGGCUUCACAACGACGCCGCCUCUGUCUGAUGAAUUUGGGACAGCCCACAAUUCGAAUGUGAAUGCUAGCAAGGUAAGCACCUUCUUCAACGGCGUUUUGGCCAAGAAGGAGGAGCUUAUGACCCUCCCAGACACAGGGCGCAAAAAGCAGCAGAUCAACUGCAAGGAUAACUUUUGGCCCGUAUCACCGCGACGAAAGUGCACAGUCGACGCCUGGUUCAAGGAUCUCGCUGGAAAUAAACCUCUACUUAGUUUGGCCAAACGAGCACCUUCGUUUAACAAAAAGGAGGAAAUCUUCAUUACAUUGUGCGAGAACCAGGUGAACAUGCAGCGCGCCACAUGGUUUAUCAAGCUCAGCGCCGCCUACACGCUCAGCUUCACCGAAUCCAAAAACAAAAAGCGCAGUAUCUAUGACCCUGCCGCUGAUUGGACAAGCAACAUGAUCAAAUUCAUGAAGGAACUGCUACCCAAGCUGCAGGAGUACUAUCAGCAGAGCCACGAAAAGUCCUCUUCAAAUGGCAGCACUGUUGGAAGCCUGACUGCCUCCGGAAACGGAACUGGGUCCAAUGGUACCUCAGCCCCCGGCACUAUUAAUUCCGUCGCAGGCAGUGCUCCAACAAACGUUAUUCCAGUGCCCAGCAUGGCCAGUCCUUUGCCUCCUAUUCACAGUCCAGCUAAUGGCCAACAAGGAGCACCUGGCGGAGGAGUGGGUUCUGGUAGCGUCUUGCCGAAUACGGGAAGUCUUGGAGGAGUUGGCGGUGGGCCCGGAUCUGCAGUUGUUGGAGGCGUCGCUGGCGCCGGAGCUACAGUGCCACCGGGCUCUACAAUUUCCGGGAUUGGCAGCCAGUUCGAAGACAGUCGUAAUGCCCUGAAAUAUUGGAAAUACUGUCAUCAACUAAGCAAGUAUAUGUACGAGGAGUCCCUGCUAGAUCGACAAGAAUUUCUUAAUUGGAUCCUCGACUUAUUGGACAAAAUGCGCACCCAAGCGAGCUUCGACGAGCCGCUAAAAAAACUAGUACUUAGCUUUGCCCUUCAGUAUAUGCACGACUUUGUCCAGUCGGAGCGUCUCUGCCGAAAGAUGGCCUAUAUAGUGUCAAAGAAACUUGCUCAACUGCUCAAUACUUUGGUGGAACAACAGGCCAUCAAGGAGCUGGACGAGCCAAAGUUGCAACAGGAUCCCUACGAGCUUGCGCUGCAGGAGCAAAUGAGUUGUCCCCAUCACAGGGAUAUAGUGCUAUAUUUGAGCACGAUCCUGCAGAUCAUUACCAUCGAGUGUCCUACAGCACUGGUCUGGAGCGGUAUAGCAGCUCACCGAGCACCAUCCUCUCUAUUGGGUAGUCCCCUGGACCACCUUCCGCUAGCACCCUCUGUACUGCCGAUGCCUACGCGAUGUCCUCGAACUAAUCAGGAGAUCCGGCGUCAAUUGAGAGCUGCUGAAUCGGACAUCGUGCUGCGCACUCAGCACGCAGAGCAGCGCUGGUUCGCCGCAAAAUGGUUAAGUGCUGGCAAGAAUCAAUACACCAGUGUGCUGGCCACGCUGGACCACCUGGACACGCACUGCUUUGAUCGUAUGGAACACAAUAACAGCAUCGACACUCUGUACGCCCAUAUAUUUCCCAGUCCAAGCGCUAGUCGUCGGCGGGAAGAGGAUCAGAUUGAACCACGUCCAGCCUACGAACCGAAGCAAGAUAAGGACACGGUGCGCAUUCUGUGCGAAUGGGCUGUGUCCGGGCAGCGUUGGGGCGAGCACAGGGCUAUGGUUGUGGCCAUUCUACUUGACAAGCGUCAGAUCGAUGUGACUAGUACGCCAGCAGACCAACAUUCCAGUGAUAAGGACUCGCUGGCAUCAGGCGCCGGCUUAAUCGAUGGCCUGCCUGUGUUUCAGCACGUGUUGAUGCAUUUCCUCGACCAUGACGCUCCCGUUUUGGAUGAGCAUGUGAGCAGCGCCCAGCAACGAACUGAGUUCACCAAUCUUGUACAGCUAUUCAGUGCCUUGAUUCGGCAUGAUGUUUUUUCGCACAACGCCUACAUGCACACGCUAAUUUCGCGUGGAGAUUUACUACUUGAGUCUGUGCUGGUGAUCAAAUCGGGAACAACGGCCACGAAAACAUCGCCCCCACCUCCAGCUCCACCACCGACAACAACGCACGGAUUUGAUGAUGACGGUUUCGGCGGAGGACUUGAUUUUAAGCACAACGAUUUCGACGAUUCGAAUGUGGACGACGACCUAGACAAACUGGUGCAGAAUAUUAAAGAGAAGGGACAACAGCACGAGGCUCCUGAUAGUCCUAAAAUCGGUCCCCCAGGGGAUGGUGAAACCGGCACUGGUGGAAGUAUAUCACGGCACUACGUUUACACCAAGCACUUUCCCAUUCCACAAGACGAUCCCAGCAUGAGUAGCUACAGUAGCGAAAGCAAUCAGCGCUACAUCCUCCUUUUUGGAGUUGGCAAAGAGCGGGAUGAGAAAAAGCAUGCUGUUAAGAAGAUGUCCAAGGAGAUUGGCAAGCUCUUCACUAAAAAGUUUAGCAUCGAUGUAGCAGCUGCCGGCCAUGUGAAAAAGCAUUCGCGCAAUGAGUUCAAUUUCGAGGCUACCACGUCCAAGUGCCAACAAAUGGCUUACUUCGACCAGCACGUGGUCACCGCUCAAUGUGCGGCCAAUGUCCUGGAGCAACUGAACGGAUUUGCCUUGGGAAACAACAACUAUCUUCCGGUGCAAGAGCACGUCGCAUUUUUGUUUGAUCUUAUGGAGCUAGCACUCAAUAUCUACAGCUUGCUGGAACUGUGUGAUAGCCUGUUGAAGGAGUUACCUGAAGUGGAGCACCAGUUGCAACUGAAGAAAUCAAAUCUGGUUCGAAGCUACACCACCUCGCUGGCCCUAUACAUUGUAAGUAUCCUGCGGCGCUAUCAUAGUUGUCUGCUUCUUUCGCCGGAGCAGACGUUGUCGGUUUUUGAGGGAGUCUGUCGCACCAUCCGUCAUGUAUCAAAUCCGAGCGAGUGUUCUUCGGCAGAGCGUUGCAUUAUCGCUUACCUUAGCGACCUACACGAGUCUUGCGUUUUGCUUCAGGGCAAGGAACAGUCCACGGAGUACUAUCAGCAACUCCAGUGCAUCAAACGUUUUAAGGACAUUUUUAAUACCCCAGAGCAGCUUGGCAUACCUCCACAGGGUUAUAAUCCUCAGUUGCUGCAGGAGCUCUUUAUGGCUCCUCGGCGCGGUGGUAAACUGGAUCCCCAUUGGCUGGGAACUCUACACGAAUCUCCUGCAAAUGUGUACAGCUUCGUGUCUAACGCUUUAAUUGCUGUAUGCCGAGAGACGGACAACGAGCGACUAAACGAUGUUGCUCUUGCAUGUGCUGAACUGACUGCCAGUUGCAACGUAUUGUCCGAGGAGUGGAUUUACGCUCUACAAAGCCUGUGUAGCGGCAGUAAGAGUCCGCGGUAUCCACACCUUGGCGGACAAGUUGACAUCGGCCAGGGCAAGACGCAUAACGCCCUUGCCGUGUUCGUCUGUAUCCUGGUGGCCAGGCAUUGCUUCUCCCUAGCGGACUUUGUAAGUAAGUUUGCCUUGCCCACGUUGGCCCGAUCUGUUAGCGCUGGUGGUGCCGAAUUGAGCGUGGACGCUGAGGCUGGUGCACGUCUUACGUGUCACCUGGUGCUAAAACUAUUCAAAACCUUGGAGAUCCCACAACCGGGAAUGUACUCAGUGAGCACGUCUCCGAAUCCCCUACAUGCCGUAGGUAACGACUUUAGCAUCCGACUGAGCUGCGAUCGUCACCUACUUGUGGGAGCCCACAAAACAAUACCCAUUGCUGCAGUGCUGGCCGUCCUCAAGGCAAUUCUCAUUGUGGUGGACAAUGCGGCGCUUAAGACUCCAUUGGCUGCUGGCAGCGGCUCCUCCUCCGGUGGAUUGGGUGGUGCUUUUGGAAGUGGUAAGCGGAGUGGGUUUAAUACCCCCGUUCAUCCAGGUAGCACGCCGAAAAGCAACGAACAACGACCCGCCGAUCUCAGUCAGAUUCUGGGAACCAGCGAUCUGCAGUUGGGCAGCAGUUUAACAAGCGAACCGGAAGCUUUGCAACAGCCGUCGGUCGGCGGAAUGGAGCAGAUAUCACUACUGGAGUUCGCCCAAGCGGUGCUUAAGCAGAUCUGCGCUCAGGAGCACGUCCUGGAGAGGUGCCUUAAGAAUGCAGAGCAGUUGUGUGACAUGAUAAUCGACGAAAUGCUGACCGCCAAACAGGCACAGCGAGUUUUGCACAUGAUCUGCUAUCCGGAGGCUGAAUUUAACAUAAUAUCCGAGCUAGACCAACGUUCGAUGAUUGUUAGAAUUCUAGAGAAUCUGGGUCAAUGGACACUACGAAUCUCCUGGCUGGACCUGCAGCUUAUGUACCGCCAAUCGCUCAGCAAUAAUGCGGAGUUGAAUGUGUGGCUUGACACGGUAGCACGCGCGGCCAUCGAUGUCUUUCACAUGGAGGAAGUUGUUCUACCCGGUGCUCUGAAGGCAACACACAAGCCUAAACCGUCAACCUGGCUGGUAGCACCACUCAUAGCCAAACUUACGCCGGCAGUUCAGGGUAGGAUUCUGCGAGUUGCUGGACAAGUUCUCGAGAGCAUGAACUAUUUCUCGAAGGUAUCCAAAUCUGAUUGCAAUAGUUCAGGUAGCGGUGAUGAGCGCGAGAAGAGCAACAGUUGCCACAGUAGCAAUAGUUAUGGUCUCGGAGGUAUGGCCGCACGCAACAAGAAGAUGCCGCUUAAUUACCAACCAUUCCUGGGUCUCAUCUUGACUUGUCUGAAAGGCCAGGAUGAGUAUAAAGAGAAUUUAUUGGUUUCCCUCUAUUCCCAGCUUUCGCAAUGUCUGCAAUCCUUUGCUGAGUUGGACACAAUUGGUGGUAUUGAUGAGCCGCAAGCACGCGAGGAGAUUCUUGACGCUUUGCAGUUGCGAUUUUCGUUAGUGGGCGGAAUGUUUGAGGCUAUCCAAAAAAACAGCACUCCCACCACAGAUUGGGCCAUUCUUCUAGCUCAACUUGUUUGCCAGGGCGUUGUGGACCUCAGCUGCAAUCGCGAGCUCUUCACAACCGUGGUGGACAUGCUGGCCACUUUGGUGCAUUCGACGCUAGUCUCUGAUGACGAGCGACACUAUAUGAAUCUGAUGAAAAAACUUAAGAAGGAAAUUGGAGAGAAGAACAACGCUUCCAUUCGGGUCAUCCGACAACUUCUUCCGCUCUACAAGCAGCCCACCGAGGUGAUUGCUUGUGAACACGCUGGAAUGGACACCAAGGACAAGAAACAACUGCGCAUUUCAGACAAGCAGCGGAUCAGUGUUUGGGAUAUUUUGGAGGGCCACAAAAACCCGGCUCCUCUUUCGUGGGUGUGGUUCGGAGCAGUAAAGCUGGAGCGAAAGCCCCUUACGUACGAGGAAGCUCAUCGAAAUCUGAAAUAUCACACGCACAGUCUGGUCAAGCCCAGUAGCUAUUAUUAUGAACCAUUGCCUCUACCACCAGAAGACAUUGAGCCCGUGCCUGAGAAGAUUUGCCAUAAGGAUGAAAUGAAGGCGGACACUCCCUCGUCGGUGGAUCAGUCGCCCAGUGCUGGAGCGGGUGGCACAGGAAGAGGGCGCGGUAAAGGAACGACGACGCGGAAACGUAAGGCGAAGAACCCGAAAACACCUCCUGUGGUUAAUACUCAGCAACAGCAGCCCCAGCUCGCUCCACAGCCGCAACAGCCUCAAAAUAUCCAGCAACAGCAAAUGCAGCAGCAGCAGCAACAGCAACAACAGCAACACAUGCAACAGCAACAGAUGCAGCCCAAUCCCAUGGGUCAGAUGCCAAUGAACAUGCCGAUGAACAUGCAGCAGUUUGCACCCAAUCCGAACAACAUGAUGCAGCAGAACGCCAUGAUGCAGCAACAGCAGCAAAUGCAGCAAAUGAGCAACAAUCCGCUGCAACAGCAGUUGAAUGUGGGCGGCGGAAAUGGGCAGCAGAAUCCGCAGAUGAACUUUAUGCAGCAAGGACCGGGAGGAGGCGGAUCAGGACCGCAGGGUAUGCCUGGUCAACAGCAACAGUGGCACAAUGCACCGCAACAGCAGCAACCGCCACAGCCGUACCACAAUCAAUACGCUCCUCAUCAGCAAAGUAUGCAAUCAAAUCGCAUCGAACGGCCGGCGCUGAAUGCCAACUCGAAACAAGCUCUGUCUCAGAUGCUCCGACAGCGACAGGGACCUGGUGGUGGCUUCAAUCCUAUGCAACAGCAACCGAAUCCCUCGCAGCAGCAACCUGGUCCUCAACAGCAGAUGAAUCCCAACCAGAUGCGGCAGCAGCAAAUGAAUCCACAACAGAAUCCCCAGUCAGUGGCCGCUUUCAACGCAAUGCAACAGCAGCAGCAGAAUGCCCAGCAACAACAGAUGAAUCCCAAUCAGCAGCAGCAACAACAAUUCAUGCGCGGCGGCAAUCUGCGGCCUGGCAUGGCGCCCAACCAGAUGAAUCAAAUGAAUAUGGGCGGCCAGGGCAUGCCCCAGAAUCCAAUGAUGCAGCAGCAGAUGCCACAGAAUAUGGUCGGCAUGGUAAAUCCGAAUGCCAACCAAAUGAUGCAGUCCGCUGGAUCACAGGGAGGCAACGGUGUGGGAGUAGGAGUUGGUGUGGGUGUUGGUGGAGCUGGCAACAAUCCCAACAUGGGCAUGGGAGGCAUGCCUCAGCAGGGUAUGAUGCAACAGCAACCGCAGCAACAGCCGCAGCAGCAGGUGCAGUUCCAAAACUUCCAGAAUCAGUAUCAGCAGCAACAACAACAACAGCAACAGGGAAUGCAGCAACAAGGCGGCGGAGCUGGUGUUGGAGUGGGCGUGGGCAUGGCGCCCAAUCAGCAGCAACAGCAGCAGGCCAACAUGAUGGGCAACUUCAAUCCCCAGAUGCAGCAGGCGAAUCGCAACAAUCCAGACUUUAUGGCGGUCGCAGCAGCUGCCCAGCAGCAGCAACAGCAACAACAGCAGCAGCAACGCGUUGUUCCCGGAGGAAUGAUGGCUGGAAAUCGAAACCAGUACAUGAAUCAGGCACCCAACGUAACUAUGUCCAAUAUGAUGGGUCCGGGUCCAGGCGGUGUGGUCGGUCAGGUGCCUCCGUACGCUCGUCAGCAGUCGGCGGGUGGCGGCAAACCGGGUGUCUUAAACACACAACAGCAGUUCCAGCAGCAGCAGCAACAACAACAGCAGCUGAGGCACCAGCAAAUGAUGCAGAUGCAGGGUAUGGGUGGUGGCGCCGGCGGGGGUAUGGGAUCCGGGCCGCAGCAGGCGGGUGGAGCAGUUGGUGGAGGAGGGGGUGGCGGAAUGGUGCCGCAGCAGCAGAGCAUGAACCAGCAACAAACGCCGAACCUGGUUGCUCAGCUCCAGCGGCAAAAUAUGAUGGGCCAACAACAACAGUACCAACCGCCACCGUAUUAGAUCGUAGACACUCCUUAAUCGUAAGCCUAGUCCUAAUCAUUUAUUUAUCAGAUGUAUUUGCAAUAAACGUACAUUCAAAACAAA